UAAAAACAGAGCAACUCUCCCGACGCCAUUUGUGUGGUUGUGAAGAGGCAAAAAAAAAAAACAGAGAAAAAGAUUCCAAUGUCUGUAACAGCAGCAACUCACAUGAACACGAUCAAUCAUUUGUCGACAACCUGUAAAACAUCCAAUCUCAUCUGCUCCAAUCACAGAUUGGCUCCUCAACCUUUUCAUCGUAAACCCAAAUCGUUUCCUCAGUUGCUUCCCCUAAAUGGCUCCUCCUUCUCCUCUCGCUCUCCUUCGUCUUCCGUCAAUCGAAGAUCGAGAUUCAACACUCGCAACAAACGCUUCUCUGUUUCCAUGGAGUGGCAAGACUGCACAGUGAAGAUGGAAGUAGAUAUACCAGUGUCAGUAGCGUAUAACUUCUACUUGGAUCGUGAAUCUUUCCCUAAGUGGAUGCCUUUCAUUUCAUCCGUUGAGGUGUUAAAGGACAAACCUGAUCUAUCACGUUGGUCACUCAAGUACAAUGCUUUUGGCCAAGACAUUAAGUAUUCUUGGCUUGCUCGCAAUCUUCAGCCUACUCCUAAUCAGAAAAUCCACUGGAGAUCUCUUGAAGGUCUUCCUAAUAAAGGCAGCGUUCGGUUCUUCCCUAAAGGUCCUUCAUCUUGCCUCGUUGAGCUAACUGUGUCAUAUGAAGUCCCUGCGCUUUUGACCCCUGUGGCAUCGGCGCUCCGGCCCUUUUUAGAGACCUUGCUUAGAGGUGGACUUGAAAGAUUUGCAACCUUGGCUAAAACCACUUAAAAGAAAGAAAAAAAAGGAAUCUGUAUGUAAUGCAUCUCUGUGAUUCUGGGCUUUUAAGAAUAUAUCUUGGUAUAUAAAAUGGUCUGGAACUCGAUUGAUUAAGGAGGGGUUGUCUACUCUGACUUUUGUAAUUCUUAAAGUUACAAUCUUUAUCUCUCUUAAUAAUAACACAACUUUUGGUUUA